ACAUGGGACGGCAUUUUGGUCAUCUCACUACCGUGAGAAACAUCAUCUACUACAGCCUUUCCCCCUUCGAGCAAAAAGCCUUUGCUGGGGUCAUUUCUCAUGGCAUACCCAAUAUGUGGAGAAGGUUUUGUGGCCAAGUUUUUAGAGUAGUGCCUCCUUUCGUUGUGGCCUACUUGGUGUAUGACUGGGGCACCAAAGACCAUGCUCGUCGCCAGAGAAAAGGGGGCAUUGCACCGGAGCAUUAACUGCACACUAUUAAUGAAAAACGUUUUGCUGUGACUGAGAAACUGUUAGCAGAGUUGCUGUUUCUUUAUAAAUAUCAGACAGUAGCAGAGUCAUGCUCACAUUUGUCCCUUGAACCAAGCUGAUGUUUGAGUGAUUGGAAAUAAAGAUUUUAUCAGUAA